GGUUCCUCCCAGCAGCCUCUCAGUUCAGAGGGAAAGCUUUUCUUCUCGCAGCAGCAGCAGCGGGGAUUUUGUGACUGCACACGCCGGAUAUUCAUCACAUUUAAAAAAACAAGACGAGACAAGCAGGACUCCUCCCGGGCUCCUGAACCCUACCCCUCACCACCUCCCUAAUUUGGGCCUUCGUUUUCUUUUUUUUUCUCAUAUAAUUUUUUCUUAUAUCUGAACGUUUCCUCCUGCUGACAGUUGGUCUGUGGCGCACUCAGGCUGCUUUUGCUGACAUGGUAGAUUAUCACGCUGCCAAUAAUCAAUCGAGCGGAGGUCCGCCGACCUACAUGGAGCAAGAGAAUGACUGGGACCGGGACAUGCUCCUGGACCCGGCCUGGGAGAAGCAGCAGAGGAAGACCUUCACUGCCUGGUGUAACUCCCACCUGAGGAAAUCCGGAACGCAGAUCGAGAACAUCGAGGAGGAUUUCAGAGAUGGACUCAAACUCAUGCUGCUGCUGGAGGUCAUCUCAGGAGAACGGUUACCCAAGCCCGAGCGAGGAAAGAUGAGGGUCCACAAGAUCAACAACGUCAAUAAAGCUCUGGACUUCAUCGCCAGCAAGGGAGUCAAACUGGUCUCUAUCGGAGCAGAGGAAAUAGUGGAUGGAAAUGCAAAGAUGACCCUGGGAAUGAUCUGGACCAUCAUCCUCCGCUUCGCCAUCCAGGACAUCUCUGUAGAAGAGACUUCUGCGAAGGAGGGUCUCCUCUUGUGGUGCCAGAGGAAGACCGCUCCCUACAAGAAUGUCAAUGUGCAGAACUUCCACAUUAGCUGGAAGGACGGCCUCGCCUUCAACGCUCUGAUCCACAGACACAGACCUGAUCUCAUCGACUACGACAGCCUCAGAAAGGACGACCCUGUGACCAAUCUGAACAAUGCCUUUGAGGUGGCUGAGAAGCACCUGGACAUCCCCAAGAUGUUGGACGCAGAAGACAUCGUGGGUACGCUGCGGCCGGAUGAGAAGGCCAUAAUGACCUAUGUGUCCUGCUUCUAUCACGCCUUCUCUGGCGCACAGAAGGCCGAGACAGCCGCUAAUCGCAUCUGCAAAGUGCUGGCUGUCAACCAGGAGAACGAGCAAAUGAUGGAGGACUAUGAGAAGCUGGCCAGUGAGCUGCUGGAGUGGAUCCGUCGUACCAUCCCCUGGCUGGAGAACAGAACCCAGGAGAAGACCAUGAAUGACAUGCAGGCCAAACAGGAGGACUUCAGAGACUACCGCCGUGUCCACAAACCACCUAAGGUCCAGGAGAAAUGUCAGCUGGAGAUCAGCUUCAACACUCUGCAGACUAAACUGAGGCUCAACAACAGACCUGCCUUCAUGCCGUCAGAGGGACGCAUGGUGUCUGAUAUCAACGGAGCGUGGCACACUCUGGAGGGAGCAGAGAAAGGUUACGAGGAGUGGAUCCUCAGCGAGAUCAGACGUCUGGAGAGACUCGAGCACUUGGCUGAGAAGUUCCACCAGAAGGCCGCCAUCCAUGAGUCCUGGACGGAUGGUAAAGAGGCCAUGUUGACCCAGAAAGACUACGAGACUAGCACCCUGUCAGAAGUGAAGGCGUUGCUACGGAAACACGAGGCCUUCGAGAGCGACCUGGCAGCUCAUCAGGACAGAGUGGAGCAGAUCGCCGCCAUCGCACAGGAGCUCAACGAGCUGGACUACUACGACUCUGCCAGCGUCAACGCUCGCUGUCAGAAGAUCUGUGAUCAGUGGGACUCGCUGGGAGCGCUCACCCAGAGCCGCAAAGAGUCACUGGAGAGGACAGAGAAGCAGCUGGAGUCGAUAGACGAGCUUUACCUGGAGUACGCCAAGAGGGCAGCACCCUUCAACAACUGGAUGGAGGGAGCCAUGGAGGACCUGCAGGACAUGUUCAUCGUCCACAACAUCGAGGAGAUCCAGGGUCUGAUCACGGCCCAUGAGCAGUUCAAGUCCACCCUCCCGGAGGCCAACAAGGAGCGGGAGGCCAUCCAGGCCAUCCAGUCCGAGGUGCAGAAGAUCGCCCAGAGCAACGGCAUCAAGCUGGGCAGCGCCAACCCUUACACCACCAUCACACCCGAGAGCAUCGACAACAAAUGGGCAAAGGCGAUGGACAUGGUGCCGCAGCGUGACAAAGCUCUGCAGGAGGAGCUCAACAAGCAGAACAACAACGACAGCCUGCGGGCCAAGUUUGCCACUCAGGCCAACACGGUCGGCGCCUACAUCCAGGCCAAGAUGGAGGAAAUCGGCAGGAUAUCUAUCGAGAUGAACGGCACUCUGGAGGACCAGCUGACCAGCCUGAAGGAUUACCAGAAGAGCAUCAUGUCCUACAUGCCCGAGAUCAACACGCUGGAGGGAUACCACCAGCUCAUCCAGGAGGCCCUCAUCUUCGACAACCAGUACACCUCCUACACGAUGGAGCACCUCCGCGUGGGUUGGGAGCAGCUGCUCACAACCAUCGCCAGAACCAUCAACGAGGUGGAGAACCAGAUCCUGACGCGUGACGCCAAGGGCAUCAGCCAGGAGCAGCUCUUCGAGUACCGCGCCUCCUUCAACCACUUUGACAAGGACCACGGCGGGACCCUGCAGGCCGAGGAGUUCAAAGCCUGUUUGAUCAGUCUGGGCUACGAUGUGGAGAACGACAAGCAGGGCGACUCCGAGUUUGCUCGCAUCAUGGGUAUAGUGGAUCCCAACGGCAGCGGCGCCGUCACCUUCCAGGCCUUUAUUGACUUCAUGUCGAGGGAAACGACCGACACGGACACCGCGGACCAGGUCAUCGCCUCCUUCAAGAUCCUGGCUGCUGAUAAGACCUUCAUCACCGCCGACGAGCUGAGGAGGGAGCUUCCCCCCGACCAGGCGGAGUACUGCAUCGCCCGCAUGGCGCCCUACACCGGGCCCGACGCUGUCCCCGGAGCCCUCGACUACAUGUCCUUCUCCACCGCCCUGUACGGAGAGAGUGACCUGUAAAGGAGGAAGAGGAGGGCUGGACAGAUGGGGGGGGGGGGUGGGGGGGGGGGGGUCUUUCUGUUCGCAGAGGAGACGCCAGGAAUGGAAGGUUUUUGGAAGGAUUUGAGUGGUUGUGAGGUGCCCCUGCGUGUGCCGGUUUAGAAAUCAUCAGAAAAAGGAUUCAGAGAUGUUGAUUGGACUGUAGUUUUGGUUUUUGGCUCUGCGGGAUGUUUUUCAGCUCCGUUACGUCGUUUUCAGGUCGAGAGGGAUCAAGGUCAAUUUGUCAUAAAGUUUCUAUAAACGCCGUCUCCGGGGGGGAGGGGCAGCUGUGGGGA